AAAACCGACAUCGAUAACUGAGCAGAGUCUUAGGGAAAAUAUACACAGCGAAAAGCAAAGUGCGAGUCAGUGCGUUUUUCUGGUCAUUGAACAGCCGUAUCCAAAGUAGAAUUCCCAUGUCCGGCUCCGGUCUCGACGAGAAUCCCUUCGGGGAGCCCAAUCUGGACAAUCCGUUUGCGGACCCCGCCAUCCAGCAGGCACGACGACUCCAGAGCGGCGCCGCCCUUGUCUCUCUUGAGGAUUACAAUCCAUUCGAGGAGCAGGCCAAGCCGCAGCUGCAGAUCAACUCAACGAACACGGCGGCGGUGGUCCAGCCGCUAUCGCAGAACAUUCCGCCCCCGCAGACCAGUUCCCUGGGCGCCUCGGCGCCUAGCACCAGCAUACAGAUCACCUCGGAGGAGCUGCAGGUAACCCACUUGGCCGGUCGUCUCGCGUUACCGCCCACACAACAGUGAGCACUCUGCGGUGUGCUGUGCCGGCAUGGCCACAUCCGCAAUACUCCAAAAACCGCAUAUGUACAUCCAAAUACUCGGAAACAAUCGAAAUGGACCACACCACACAGUUACACUAAAAGUUUGCCCUAAAAGUCUGUACAGUAAUCACUUUGCUAGAGUGCCGGGAUUAGGGCAGGCAUAUCACAUUUUACUCUCCAUCAAGAGUCAGAAAGAUAAGCGGGCUUAUCUCGAUCUGCCAACGAUAUAUCCGCUUUGGAGCAUUUAUCUGGUUGAGACUAGAAGCGGCUGCCGCGCCGAGUCUUCACUGUGCAAACUGCGGUUUCUCUUGAUUUACUUGGCUUCUUCGGCCCUACACAAUAAUUCAAGAAAUACUACGCCGGCAGGAGGAGUUGGACCGCAAGGCCGCCGAACUGGACCGCCGCGAGCAGCAGCUACAGGGCAAUGUGCCGCAGCUGAACAACUGGCCACCGCUGCCGGAUAACUUUUGUGUAAAGCCGUGCUUCUACCAGGACUUCGAGGUGGAGAUACCGCCCGAGUUCCAGAAACUGGUCAAGCGAUUGUAUUACAUUUGGAUUUUUUACACCAUGACGUUGUUGGCCAACGUGAUAGGCGGUCUAAUUUUGCUGUUCCACGCUGGCGAAUUCGAGACCUUCUUCCUGGCCAUCUUCUACACGAUGCUCUUCUCGCCCGCCUCCUAUGUCUGCUGGUUCCGACCGGCGUACAAGGCAUUCCGCAACGAUUCGAGCUUCAACUUCAUGGUCUUCUUCUUCAUCUACUUCUUUCAAACGCUGUACUCGAUUGUGCAGGCGGUGGGCUUCAACAAGAUGGGCUACUGUGGCUUUAUUACGGCCAUCGGGCAGUUCGAUGGGCAAGCGUCGGGUAUUAUCGUCGGCAUUCUGCUGUUGAACGUGGCAUUCUGUUUCACAGCGGUGGCCGUGGCCAAUGUGCUGAUGAUCACAAAGAUUCACUCGAUCUACCGCAGCACAGGGGCCAGUAUGGCCAAGGCCCAGGCGGAGUUCACCACCGAGUUUCUGCGCAACCAGCACGUCCAGGAAGCAGCCUCCUCGGCCGUUAAUACGGCCAUCAAUUCGCAGUUUAACAACAGCAGGUACUAAGUGACACUCUGCUUUCCGGGGAUCUAAUCAAAUCAAAAGGAGAAUCAAUCAAUCAACCACGAACUCAAGCAGCACUCAUCCUGCUUAACUGGGACAGAAAAAGAUGAUGAUAGCCGCGCCAGAGAGAGGGAGAUGGAGAAAGAACACUUAAUAAACAUUGAAAUAGCUUAACACGAAAUGAAAGUAAAGAAAAACAUGAAACUAAAGCUAGCAUUGGAGCAUGGAACUAAUAACUAUUUGCUUUUGUGCAUAAACAAUUCCUAGAAUGCCGUCGUCUUUAUUACAAAUAAUUACUGUAAUGAUAACACAGAAACAACACACAAUGCAUAAACAAUAUUUAUAAACGGAACAAAACCGAACUUGGAACUAAACUGAAAGUGAAAAAAAAACCAAACAAAAAGGAGAAAACAAAAAAACAAAAGGAAAACUAAAGCGGCCCACGAUGCCUUCGACACGCAGCUGCAGCGGAUCAAGUAGACAGGACAUCUUAAUCGCACGAUAUAUGCCUCCAAAUACAAGUAUCUAGACUAAAUUAUUGUGUGUCUGUCUCUGUCCUGUGGAAUAAUUCGAUUCUGAUACUAACCCAGAUUAAUCAGGCGAAAGGGAUGACACUGAUGACGAUGAUGCUGCUGCUGCUGCUGCUGAUGAUGAUGUUUUCUAGUUCUUUAAGUCAUUAAAACGAUAUAGGAAUAACCCCACUCCCUCGCACACGCAACACACACACACACACACACUCACAUAUAUACGAUCUUAUAUAUAUAACAAACAUAAUAUAAAUAAUAUAUUUAACGCUUACAUUAUAGAACUUUAUCUCUCGUCGCCUCGACCAGAGAGACAACAAGAAAGCGAAAUUCAUUUUUCAUCCAAGCUGUGCUCCUACGCCCACUGCUCCACUGUCCCCCUCUCCUCCCUCCCCCCUGUUCCAUGUCCCGACCCCCUUUUUCCGCCGUCACUGUCCUGCACUCACAUAAAAUGUCGUGUUUUUUUGUAAUCGUAAUUGUUAUAUAUUAUCUAUUAUCUAUGUACAUGAAGACAGCAUAUAAAAUAUAUUGAUUCACUUAAGUAUUCACAUUUUUUAGAUACAUUUUGUUCGUUUCUGUUUUGCUUGCAAGUCAAACUUAUUAUGUUACGACCUAUUUAAAACUGAAUUGAGAAUAGCUAAUGACGAUCUAUGGAUGUGUAUUUAAAAUUCAAGCAAAAUUUAUGAUAAAUUCCAAAAUAAAUAUAAAAUACUUAUAGAUGU